CUCACGAACACAGUAAUACCGUCUGUCCGUUCGUUUCUGCAGUUGACAAUACAAUAUUUCCCUAAUCUCACACUAUUUUUUAGUGAAUAAAUUGAGUUGUUGAGUUUGCAUGGAUUAACCCCAAUGGUAGACACAUGUGGAGAACAACGAGUUAAAAUCCUGUAUCAGCGGAAAUAACGUCGCAGUUGACGCGAUCACCACAGAAUCAGGAUGAGUUUCCUAUUUGGAAGCCGGUCUUCCAAAACAUUCAAGCCAAAAAAAAAUAUUCCUGAGGGGACACACCAGUAUGACUUGAUGAAACAUGCUGCAGCCACCUUGGGCUCUGGAAAUUUGCGACUGGCUGUGAUGUUACCUGAGGGUGAGGACCUCAACGAAUGGGUGGCUGUUAAUACUGUUGACUUCUUCAAUCAAAUCAACAUGUUGUACGGUACCAUAACUGAAUUCUGCACGGAAGAAAGCUGCUCGAUAAUGUCAGCUGGGCCCAAGUAUGAAUAUCAUUGGGCCGACGGUCACACAGUUAAAAAACCAAUAAAAUGUUCAGCACCUAAAUACAUCGAUUAUCUGAUGACUUGGGUUCAAGAUCAGUUGGACGACGAGACACUCUUUCCCUCAAAAAUAGGAGUUCCAUUUCCAAAAAAUUUUCUCUCCAUUGCGAAAACAAUUCUCAAACGAUUAUUCCGAGUUUAUGCGCACAUAUAUCAUCAGCAUUUCAGUGAGGUGGUGCAACUGGGAGAGGAAGCACAUUUAAAUACAUCCUUCAAGCAUUUUAUAUUCUUUGUCCAGGAGUUUAACUUAAUUGAGAGACGAGAAUUGGCGCCACUGCAGGAGUUGAUUGAAAAAUUAACAGCUAAGGAUGCACGAUGAAUAAACUACCGCUGGUAACACGAGCAAAGUAUAAAGUAAGGAAAUUCCUCCAAAGAAUCUCAACUCGCUAUUAUUCUCUUUUGUUUUCUAAUUACACUCGUAAAUUGAGAUAUGUUGAUAGUAAAAUUCAAAGCAAUACUGCAACAGUUUAAUAGAAUAUUAUCAAUUUUUCGCCGAUCAACAGAUGCGUCUGAUUCACAUUUGCAAAAUGAAUGAGUUUUAGUAAUGAGUUUGAUGGAAUUUUUUAACCAAUGGAAUCGUGUGUUGACAAGAGCGCCAACGAGAUUUGUAAAAUAAUUUUCCGUCUCACAAUCGUUCAGUUCUCUUCUCUUCCAUUGAAUUAUAGAGAAGAGAGAGUUUAAGAAAAAACUACAUAUGUUUUUUUAUAAUUUAUUGUGUUCCUCUUUCUUCUACCGCAGUAUGAAAUUACACUGGGUUUCACUCGAGGGUUUCUGAUUUUUAAGUCACGUUUUGGGACGACGUUAAGUUAAUUUUGUUUUUUAUUAUCAUUUUUUCGUUGUUUAAUGUCACUUAUCAUUGUUAGCAGACAACUAGUAAAAUUUUAUUUAGAUAAUGGCAUUUUUUUAGAUCGAAUAUGCAAUUGGGCGAUUACUCUAAUUAAUCUUCAUGCUUCUUAAUUAAAUACAUUAUUGUUGCAAUCAGUUCGAAUAAUUCUUGAAGUAUACGUCACCCAAGUAAUUGAUGAUUAUGGACACGUCAUUGGACGACUACAAUACAAGGUCUGUGAAACAUGAAGCUAUUACCGUAAAGCACGUAAAAUAAUUAGAGUUACAAUAUUAAGAAAGACGAAAUUACAAUUAGGUACUGGGUGUGAGGAUCAAAAGGAAAGAGAAGUUAUAUAUUUUAUAUAUAAAGCCUUUGCGCGAAUUUUCUGGAUACAAAUUUGCCUGUAAAUACCCAUUUGAGGAAGAAAAAUUUUUUUUAUCAAUCGGUGUGAACUCGGCGCUUGACAAAAUGUAUGUUUAUUGCUGUAGCAUUGUAACUGUGGACUCACCGCUUCGGGAAACAAAAAUACAUGCGUUCAAAGUAAUUUAUUUGAGGAUACCCAUUCAAAUAUGAUUUAUUUAAACCGUACUUAAAAGUGGUGGAGAGAAAAGGAAUUUUUUCCCCAUAAAAAAUCCUUCGUCUUUCAGUUUCAAAGUCUCAGUUGAGUUUGAUGUUAUUAAUAUUAUAAAUAUAUCGAAAUUACCGCAAGCAGACCAGUAGAUAACAAAGUCACAAAGAGUUAUCGCAGUCAAAUCUCAGAGCCCGAAAAAAAUCGCCUCCUAAUUUUUAAAAAUACAAUUUCACUCCACGAUUGCCUUUGGUACAGUAAAAUUUGUCGCGUCCUUUUAAAUAUUUUUUAUUCAGCAUUUCUCUGUGCUGCAUUAAUUACCGUCUCCCGGGAAGUGCGAAAUUGAUUGUAAAUAUCCGGAGAUUGGGGCGAGCAAGGGCGCAUUGUCUGUACAAUCCAAUCUACCAAUAAAUAUAAUGAAUUUUAUUUUGCACUAUAACUACACUAAGAAUCCCCAUUCCGGCAAUAUAUUUGAACCUCAAAGGACUACGUAUGGGCUUUCUAAUGUAACAAGUGCCGAAAUGAACAGUUGUUGCAACUGGACUCCAACCCCAUUCAAGAAAAAUCAUAGAGAUACAAUUAAAAUGGGAAAUUUAAUGUAUUUGCAUAUACUAUUUUCUGAGAUCUCACUGUACUACACGAGAAUCAUUGAAGACGAUAAUGCAGUCUGAUUUUAUUCUCGAAUUUUUAAUAACUUGAGAGUUCACAAUGAUUUCACUACAAUAAUUCCGAAGCUUAGUGCAACUGUUACUUGUAAACAAUUAUACACAUGUAACUGAGCGAAUAAAGAGGUCAUUGGUUAAGUAGAACGUACUUUUGAAAUUGCGAAGAUGGGUAGUUCCUGUGGGGAAAGGGCAGGGGUCUCGAUCGACGAAGAGAUAAUUUCAACUCUUCACCCUCCCCCACAGAACCCCAUACAGUUGAGGCGUUCUCAUCAACGCAGUAAGCUUUUUAGACUCCUUCUGUUAUCAUCUGUCGCGAGAGUACAUAGUUUGUCUCACGAUAUAUAAUAUUAAUUUAAUAAGUGACAAUGUGCUUCAUCCAUUGAUAUCGAGGAACUAAUGUUCAUUGAGGAAUAAAAUAAAUUGGACUGCUCAAUUCCGAGGGAAUUGUCACAUUGGAGCUGAUUUUCGUCGCCUCAUGUCAAGUUACCUCGUAUCGCUAGUACGUUUAAUGUAUUUUUUCGUUUGUUACGACGAGAGAUACGAAUGAGAAAUGGAUAGUUUUGUAUGACCAGAGGUCGUUACUGAUAAUGCCUGUGCAGUGUAAAUAGUAUUAAUUCCUUUGAAAAUAAAUGAAAUUGCAAUAUGAACAA